GAAUAUAGUAUUAGAGUGGGUACUGGGUAAUGUGUAUAUUCCAUAUCGUACAAUAUAUUAAAUUGCUUAUUCAAUAUUCAUUAUUCAUAGUCCAUACUCAAUAGAUACUAGUUAAUAGAAAUUACUGAAUUAGAAGCUUGCUCAGAGUAAAGUAUUGUAUUGAAUUAUUAAUUUAAAAUGGAUAGUGAAGAAUACACUGGUAAACCAUACAAAAUAAUUGAUUCAAAGCGUGAACACAAAAUCGGUAUUGUGGCAACUUCAUUAUCUGAUUUUAUAACUAAAGCUCAACAAAAAUUUGACAUAAGUGAAACCAUUAAAGUCGUUCUUGAAUCUGAUGGCACCGAAAUUGACGAGGAAGACUAUUUUGACACUUUGGAAAAUAAUACAUUAAUUAUGAUUUUAAAACCUGACCAAAAAUGGUGUCCAUAUAAUGAUAUAAGCAUUAAACUUACUGAUGAUCAAAUUGAUGGCACACAGAGUUUAAACAGUUUGAUUCAACGUUUACAAAAUGAUAUAGGUCAAAUAGCAUUCUUGGGUGGUUGCGAUCUUGAACUUUUAUCUGAUAUGGAUCCAGACAGUUUGGUUGAUAUGGCAUUUGACAGGUCAUUUCUAGAUCAAAUUAAGGAAGCUAGUGGACGCUUUCUUUAUGAAAAACGAGAAGCUCAAGAUGCAAUCAAUUUGCUCAAACUCUACCAUGCCUCGACAAUCGGUCAAAAUUCAUCCAAGAAAAGUAAAGUUUAAUAAUUGUUUAUGAAAUUAAAAUAUUGCAUUUUUUAAAUUAUUUUACAACCAAACACAUAGUUUGAUAAAACGUUUACAAUAAGAAAGUUUUAAGUUAUUUUAUCACUGUAAAACUAUUUAUAUUAAAUGGUGUUACUUUAUUAUCAUUAAAUUAUUAUUUGUUUGUUUAGUUAAUAAUCACUAUAAAGUAUUUGAAAAAUGUUAAUACAAAAAAAGGUCUAGUAUUCUUAUUAUAUUUUGUGUAUGUGAUGUGUAUUUGAUUAGCGUUAUUAUUAAGAUUACCUAUAAUGUUUUACCACUA